AUGGAAGCAGUGUCAGAAUUUGUAUUCUUGAGCUCAAAGUUCACUGCAGAUGGUGACUGCAGCCAUGAAAUUAAAAGAUCCUCAAUCCUUCGAGGAAAAGCUAUGCAAAAUAUGGAUACCACACCAAAAAGCAGGGACAUCACCUUGUUGACAGAAGUUCAUAUAAUGAGAGCUAAGGUUUUCCAUCCAUGGAGGAGGAGACCUCGGAGCAGCCUCCAGCACAGGGAGUGCUACCUGACGUCCGUCGUGUGCCGCUGUAGCCCUGGCCUUGCCGCCACCAUGGCACCCACCACAGGAAAUGUCCUGGAUAAUGCGUCUCCAUGUUCUGUGACAAACUGCUUACGAUGGGACUUGACAGCAGGGCAGACUGAAAAUCUUACCAAUGAAUUCAUUGAAAAAAUCAAGCAUGUGUCUGAUCAAGUGGGAUUGCAGACAUUUGAAGAAGUAUCCUAUGAGAGUACUCUCAAGGCAUGGGCUGAUGUGGAAGUGGAAUACACAGUUCAGAGAAACAUUCUGGAUUUCCCAAAGCAUGUCUCCCCCUCUAAAGAUAUCCAAACAACCAGUACUGAGGCAGACAAGAAGCUCUCUGAGUUUGAUGUGGAGAUGAGCAUGAGGCGAGAUAUGUACCAGAGGAUUGUCUGGCUUCAGGAGAAAGUUUCAGCAGACUCAUUGAGACAGGAAUCCAAGAGAUACCUGGAUCAGUUAGUUAAGCUGGGAAAAUGGAAUGGAUUGCACCUCCCAGAAGAACCUCAAGAAAAAAUAAAAAACAUUAAAAAGAAGCUCAGCCUCCUUUGUAUCAACUUGAACAAGAACCUGAAUGUGGAUACUACCUUCUUGCUGUUCACCAGAGAGGAGCUGAGAGGCCUUCCUGAGGAUUUUCUGAACUCCUUAGAAAAGACCACGCAUGAUAAGUUGAAAGUUACUCUCAAGUACCUCCAUUACUUUCCUCUCCUAAAGAAGUGUUAUGUUCCCGAGACCAGGAGAAAGGUUGAAGAGGCUUUCAACUGUAGAUGCAAGGAGGAGAACUGUGUGAUCCUCCAGGAGCUGGAGGAUCUCCGGGCCCAGAAGUCCAGCCUGCUAGGAUUUAACACUCAUGCCAACUAUGUCCUAGAGAUGAACAUGGCCAAAACCAGCCAAGAUGUUGCCACGUUCCUGGAUGGACUGGCCCAGAAACCAAAACCUUUUGGGGAAGAAGAGCGAGCCAUGAUAUUGGACCUGAAAAAGAAAGAAUGUGAGAAGCAGGGCCUGGCUUUCGAUAACUGGGUCAAUGCCUGGGACAUGCACUACUACAUGAAUCAGGUGGAGGAGACACGCUAUAAUGUGGACCAGAACCUGCUGAAGGAGUACUUCCCCAUGCAGGUGGUCACCAUGGGCCUGCUGUGCAUUUACCAAGAGCUCCUGGGACUGACCUUUGAACUGGAAGAGAAUGCCAAAGUGUGGCAUGAGGAUGUGAAACUCUAUUCAGUUUGGGACUUUGACUCAGGCAAAGUGAUAUGGAAAUUCUACUUGGACUUGUACCCCUGGGAAGGGAGGUAUGGUCACGCUGCCUGCUUUGGCCUAUAACCAGGCUGUCUCCUCAAGGAUGGCAGCCGGCAGAUCUCCAUCACAGCCAUGGUGGCCCAUUUCACCAAGCCCGCCCUGGAUGCCCCCUUCCUGCUGCAGCAUGAUGAGGUGGAGACGUACUUCCAUGAAUUUGGGCAUGUGAUGCACCAUCUCUGUUCUCAGGCAGAGUUUGCCAUGUUAAGUGGGACCCAUGUGGAGCGAGACUUUGUGGAAGCACCGUCACAGAUGCUGGAAAAUUGGGUGUGGGAGAAGGAGCCGCUGAAGCGCAUGUCCCAGCACUACAAGACUGGAGAGCCCAUCCCCCAGGAGCUUCUGGAGAAACUCAUCAAAUCACAUCAGGCUAAUACAGGUCUCUUCAACCUGUGUCAAAUUGUCCUCUCCAAGGUGGACCAGGCCCUGCAUACACAGACAAAAGCAGACCCAGCCAAGGAGUACUGCAGGCUGUGUCAGGAGAUCUUAGGGAUUCCAGCCACUCCAGGUACUAACAUGCUGGCCACUUUCGGUCACCUGGCAGGAGGCUAUGAUGCCCAGUACUAUGGCUACCUCUGGAGUGAGGUGUACUCCAUGGACACAUUCCACACGCGUUUCAAAAUGGAAGGGGUCCUCAACUGUAAGGUCAGCAUGUACGACAGGACCUGCAUCCUGAAGCCUGGUGGCUCUGUCGAUGCUAUCAACAUGCUGCAGCAGUUCCUCAGCUGGGAGCCCAAGCAAGAUACCUUCCUCUUGAGCAAAGGCCUGAAGGUGUCAGACAGCAGCUCACUGUCCUCUGCCUGCUGA